AUGAAAAAAAUGGAUGACGAUUGGGCUCUGAGAGAAGCACUUUUGUUAUGUGUAGAGGAAAGUCAGCAGUCUUCUCCGAUACGUCAUGCUACAAAUGGUUUUUGCCGCUGGGGUGUUCAAAAAACGACACACAAAUUUCCCGCGGCCGCUUACGGAGAGACGGAUUGCCAAACUAUUUGCUGUACCGUGACGAAGGUGGAAGGGAUCCUACGUUGCACUUUGGAGACUUUUAUGGCAUUUAUCAGCACGCCGAAAAACGCACAAUACCACGAUGAUGGUGUGGUAUCGAAUGAUGUAAUUAACAAAAAGGGUGAUGCCGUGCUGGUACGCACCGUGUACCGUCAUCGCCCUCCGGUGGAGGUCAUUACACGGCAUGCAUCUAAGAUGUACCAAAUCCCAGAAGCGGUAGGUAACAAUGAGGCCUUACAGCGUUUUUGUGCCCAUGCUGUUGGUAUUUCUCAUGAUAAAAAGAUAUCUGAAAAUAAUAAUGUCAAUUCAAACAAUGGGGCGUCUCUCUCAUUGCCCUCGAAGGUGUACGUGUAUGCCAUUCACAGCGUCCAAGAUGAGGGGACCGUACACGUAUCUUCUGAUAAUAUACGGGGGUGGGUAUAUCUUUCCGCCUUCAUCGCCUAUGAGAUGCCUGGGCCGUGUGUGCACCUGACUUUUGUCAAUGCCCCAAACAAACACGUUGCCGCAGUCAUGGAAAGUUGCGAGAAGAAGAUCCCACGGAUACGAAGCUUCUGUGAAAUGCUACAAGAGAUGAUGUCACGGGGGAAACUAGCACUUAUGCAGAGAAAACGGAGCGGGGUGAAGGCUUUUGGGCUCGUUGGGUCGCCGGAGCAAAGAAAUCCCUUGGGUCUCGUCCAAAACGAGCCAUGUGUCUUCGGUCCUCCCACAACGGCGCAACUUCGCGUGCUUUGCCCUCUUCUUAAGUUGCAUGCUGGGAAAAUGUGGCGGUAUCGAGGACGGCAGGAAGGAUGCGACGUGGAAGAAUGUGACGCAAAUUUGUUUAUUGCAGCACCACCCUUUCUAAAGGCAUACCGUAUUUCCACAUUUAUUGCGUGUUCACUGGCUAAUUUUUUCUCUUUUGUCGGAGAUCCUUUGCAGACACAUCGUUAUGACCCCUUUUUAGAGAGCUCAAUGAGGAUUACUACUCUACCUGAGGGAGAGGUGUUCUAUUGGCGAUAUAAGCGACUUGCCACGUACAGCUCUUUACGUGAUUACUGUGUUCUCGUUAACGCAAUACUUUUGCAACCGGAUAUGGAACGGGGAAGUACAAAAUUGUUUUCAGCAUUCAAUUCUACAGCGAUGGUGUAUAUAGAGAAUGCUAUUCAUUGCAAUUACCGCCCCCAUUGUGAGGGAUAUGAGAGAGAGGUUGUUUAUGCAUUUGGGUACAUUGCCACAAAUAACGCGGGGGAUAAUUGCGUGCAGGUGCAUCAUAUCGUGUGUGUGGACUCAAAAGACAAGUCGAAUCAACGACUGGAGUUGGCGAUGAUUCAAGAGCACAUUACCCGAAUGGCGUGGGUGCGUCAAAUCUGUGAGGACACACAGUCUACAUCAAUCGGUAUGCGGCCGUCCCAGACACCACACAUGUAUGGGGAAGAGAAGACGGAGAAUCCAAACCAUGACGAUGAGGAAGAGGCAGCAAGUUUUGUUGAGGUUGAAACAUUAGAAGAUGUCACUUCGUUUUUUUUUACCCAAGACAGUGCUGACUGUAUGAGCCACCCGUCUUCUUUGAACGGGUCAGUGGAGGAGCUUGAAGGGAUAUUUGACGGAGACUCGAGUGAAGCGGGAACUUCAUUCCAACCUGCAUCUCCUGUGAGGCAUCCGCAGGUGUCUGACGCGGAGGCUCACAAAUCCCAUCUGACACCUGCCAUCACCACCGAUCGGAAUUCUUGGGUGACUCCAACGGAAGAGGUGGAGAAACAGGACGGAUGGAGGACGACACCGCAUGCGCAGACGGAAUUGUCACCAAGCAAGGAGUACUUUGUGCUUCAAGGCGGUUCAAAACAAAGAUUAUCACCACCGCAACGUGAUUUUCUUCAAGUAGAGAUUGUAUCUUAUCGAAACUUCCUGACAUGGAGCAUGGCGAAAAAUCGCGUUAUCUUUUUCAUUUUUCGCACGUCGGCGAAGUGUGCACAAACGGCACGGGUGACUUUUAAAGAAAAUUCUUUAUUUCAGCAUGAGCGUCUGCUCUUUGAGGGGCCGCAGGGGGACGCGAUGACACUGAUAGUUGUCGUGCGAACGUCUUCUGGGCGGAUGAAACGCCUCGGGAAGGCUGUCAUGUCUCUACGAAACAUACGGGAGUCGGAGCCCCAAACACGGUGGGUGGCAUUGGUGAGAAAUUCUGGAAAAAGCGAUGCCUGCGUUUGUGGGGAAGUGUGUCUCACCCUGCGCGGUGGUGGAUUGAAUGCCCAGGCGUCCGCCACGCCGUUUUCAGAAGAAGCGGAGGAAUCAUUACGAAAACGUAUUCGUCAUGUAUUAAUGACAUUUGGACGGCGGCAUCUUCAUCGACUUGAGUGGAUUGUCGGUUACUGCUGCGACAAGUCCCCCAGUGAAGUCGACCUUUUAUUGGCGCGCUACAAAAAAAGGGAACAUCGCGACAUGGUUGUCCUCACUGUGUUUGAUGUACAGGGACUGAUAACUGAAAAAGGGGUUCCGUUUCUCAACGGGCCGGCAUGUCAGGUGUGGGUGGAGGCGAACAGCGUGCGGCAUUGCUCGCGGACCGUGCCGUUACAACAGGUGGCCGUAUUCAAGGAAUCAUUCCAGCUUCUGGUCGGUGUGGCGGAAGCCAUUCGUCUCACGGUGGCUGUCGGGGGGUCCAUUGUGGGGAAAGUACUCAUCUCUGCCAGCUCAGAAAGAUUUGGGGGUGUGCGCACGCAUACACUCUUUCGUGCGGCUGGUACGAAGAAGGCGAUGCCGAGUGGCGUCGUCACCAUUGCGCUUUCUGGCGAUAUGAAUCAGCAUUCUUCUCACCGGGACGGUGGGGGCGGUUCUUUUGAUCCGUUAGGAGAGGCCGCCCGUACAGCUUGUCUCCGUUUGUUUUUUUGGAAAUACGCUCGUCAUGUUAUCCACAGGCUCGAUGUGAUCAGUUCAUCGCUGUGCGAUGUGGAUCAUUACAUAAAGACCCUUGGCCCGUGUCCACCACGGUGUGAUGUUCGAGUCUCAGUGAAGCGGUGGGAGCCGUCAGUCCCCACGUGGGACAGUCCCGCGGCCGCCGCUUCUAUGGGCGCAUCCGAGACUGAAGACAACGACGGAAAUGAAGAAGGGAGACAUUCGGCGUCUUAUCGCAACAUUUUCAAACGCCAGACGGUAUACGCCGUGAUUCAUGCGGGAUUACAUUAUUAUAAAAGCAGCACUGUGCGUGUUGGCGAGGAUGACACGGCCUAUUUUAACGAUCCCGUCACAUUCCACGAUCUUCUUCCCGAGAGAGACGAGGUUCUUGUGUCCAUCGUUGGCAAGGGGAUUUCUGGAACAGAGACGACCGAUUUGGGCACAACUGUUUUCACGCUCCGCACAUUGGUAAGGAAACAAACCAUGUCGCUUACUGUACCACUGGUGCGUCAUGCUGGUAGUGGUGAUGCAUAUUUUAAAGGGUGCGUGCAGGUGGAACUAUGCGCGGUGAAUUUUAGCGGGGACUCCAUUGCAGGCACGGGGCCCGCGUCUUCUCGAUUGCAACUCCAACGGCUACUCUACCAUUAUGCCCCUCAAAAGCUGCACCGCGUAGAGCCUCUUCUUUUGGAUCAUGCAGGGCGUGAAGGGAGGCUGGUGCGUUCGUUGCUGGAAAAAUACGGACCGGAUGUGUAUUCUUCGCCGAUGGAAAUACGUCUUAUUGGUAUUCGUCACUUGACACCAGCGAAUUCCUGUUACGUGAAGGUGUACCUGAAUGGCGAGCCUGUGCUGCGAUCGUCGCAGCAAUCGGGCUCAGCAAACAUUACAUUUUCUCCAUCCGAUGUCAAAAAUGCUGCUGUCGUGAUGCUCGACGAUCCCCAUCACGCGAGAGUGCGAUUUAAGGUGGCGCAGCAGCGCUAUCUUCAAUCCACCACCAUUUCUUUUGCCGAGCUUCGACUGGGGAAAAUGGUUGCUGGGUCAUUGAACGAGUGCUGGAUUCCACUGUUUGAUAGUCAUGGUGGGGAAAUUGGACGUCUUGGUGUGACGCUGAGGUGCAAUGGGUUUAUUUGUCGUAAGGAAGAAACAGCGAAAUGCGAGGAGGCGGAGAGGGAUGUAGUUUCUCUGCUACGCAAAUACAAGCCGGAGGCACUUCCAUUUCUGCAGCCUCUGAUAACGGAAACGGGUAGCGUGGCGACAGCGCAUGCGGAGAUACGUCGUCGUGUCGCCAAAAGGCCAGUAGCUGCCACCGUGUACGUGUGUGUGGAAUCUCUCUCCAUUAUGGAGCUUGACUUCUCAAAUCCCUCGCAACUUCAUGGAAUCUCGCCGACACGACUGGCAUUGCUUCAACAGGAGAAUGAGGGGAUGGAAUACGUAGUGACGGCCAGCUGUGACCAUGAGGAAGGAAGUGUCAUUUGGUCUGAACAAGUAAAAGGUUCCGGUGCGGUUAUUCGGCUGGAUAUCCCGGAAUUUAGCAGGUGCGAGGACCACCGCCUCAACAUCGCUGUAAGGCAGGCUCAAGG